GGUCUUAAAAUCUCAAGACAUGUAUUUCCUUGGACUGUUGUCUUUGCUUGUUUUGCAAAGUAAGGCCUUCAGCACAAACUCUCCUGAUGAAACCAUUGCGGAGCUUUCUGUCAAUGUUUACAACCAGCUGCGAGCUACGAGAGAAGAUGAGAACAUUCUUUUUUCUCCUUUGGGCAUUGUAAUAGCCAUGGGGAUGGUAGAGCUUGGAGCCCAUGGAACCACCUUGAAAGAAAUUCGACAUGCGUUGGGUUUUGACAGCCUAAAAAAUGGCGAGGAAUUUACAUUCUUGAAGGACCUCUCCGAUAGGGCAACUGCUGAAGAAAGUCACUACGUUCUGAAUAUUGCCAACUCUCUCUAUGUGCAGAAUGGAUUUCAUGUCAGUGACAAAUUUGUGCAAUUGCUGAAAAAAUACUUUAAAGCUGAAGUAGAGAACAUAGAUUUCAGUCAAAGUGUGGCUGUAGCCACCCACAUCAAUAAGUGGGUGGAGAAUCAUACAAACAAUAUGAUCAAAGAUUUUGUGUCGUCAAGCGAUUUUGGAGCCCUAACUCAUUUGGCUUUAAUCAAUGCAAUCUACUUUAAGGGUAACUGGAAAUCACAGUUCAGACCUGAAAACACAAGAACUUUUUCUUUCACUAAAGAUGAUGAAAGUGAAGUGCAAAUUCCAAUGAUGUACCAGCAAGGAGAGUUCUAUUAUGGGGAGUUCAGUGAUGGCUCCAAUGAAGCUGGUGGCAUCUACCAAGUUCUGGAAAUACCCUAUGAAGGGGAUGAGAUGGGCAUGAUGAUCGUUCUUUCCAGGCAGGAGGUUCCACUGCUCUCACUGGAGCCACUGGUCAAAGCCUCGUUGAUUGAAGAAUGGGCUAACUCUGUGAAAAAACAAAAAGUGGAAGUCUAUUUACCAAGGUUCACAGUGGAACAAGAAAUUGAUCUGAAAGAUGUCAUGAAGGGUCUUGGAAUUACGGAAUUAUUCAGCAGCAAUGCUGACCUUACUGCAAUGUCUGAUAACAAAGAGCUUUACCUUGGAAAGGCUUUUCACAAAGCAUUCCUAGAAGUUAAUGAGGAAGGAUCAGAAGCUGCCGUUGCCUCAGGAAUGAUCGCUAUUAGUAGAAUGGCAGUGCUGUAUCCCCAGGUUAUAGCUGAUCAUCCUUUUUUCUUUUUGGUCAGAAACAGAAGAACAGGUACUAUCUUAUUCAUGGGAAGGGUGAUGCACCCUGAAGCAAUGAAUGGAAGUGGCCAUGACUUUGAGGAGCUUUAGCUACCACCACCUGCCAAAAAAAAGAAAUAAGCACAUAAAGUUUGAAGUUAAUAUAUUUAAGGUUUGCUGUGUUUUUUCCCCAAGAUACUGUUUAAAAGCCUUUCAGGUUUAACUGUGGUUUAAAUUGCAAGUCAGUUUCUGGAGAAGUUUGCAGUAUUAAAAUAAUGUUUUGUUUCUGUAAUUGUGAUUGCUGUGUCCUUAAAAUAAAAUUGUAUACAUGUCAACA